AUGGUUGCACGUGGGCGUCUCUGCGGGCUUGCGCUUCGCGGGCUUGGAGACGCGCACUUUGCGUUUCGGAUAACUUCAUGCUUCGGCGACAGCAAUUGCGCAGAAUACAACCAGACCGCUGGCAACGACGUUGCGAUCACGUAUCGGGACUCGGUCCGCGAGUUCUACCCGCACUCUGGAAUGGUUGGCGUUGGCAGGCGCAUUGCCUUCGAGCAGCCACAGAUACCGAAAACCCCUCUCACGGGAGCCACGCGAUGGAAGCCCAAGACGGCAGACAAGUUGAAUCUGCUGAUGAUCAUAUCUGACCAGCAUCGCUGGGACUGCCUGGGUGAGGCCGGCAACACCAUAAUCCAUACGCCGAAUUUGGAUCAGCUUGCCAGGGACGGUGCGCACUUCACCAAGGCCUACACCGUCUGCCCAAUUUGCGCCCCGUCCCGAACCAGCAUGUUGGCCGGCCAAAGUCCUGAGCAGACCAAAGUACGAGGCAACGGGGACCUUACCACAGCUCCUCGCCGGAUGACCUACGACCGCGUGCUCCUCGAAAGCGGCUGGAGUGGCGAAUACAAAGGCAAGUACCACUCUCCCUAUCAGUAUACGCGGGACGAGCAUGACAAGACGUACUACAGCCAGCCUGUGCAAUGGAUGAAUGGCAAAGGCCCGUCAAACCCACCAAAAGGCAUUCAAUCGCUCACUGAUACGUACAGGUCUUACCUCGACUUGCAUGAGCCCCUGCAGCAGCUGCUGCCGGGCCAACUGUUGGAUUCCUGUUAUCGGCGGCCGUACUGGGCAGAUGUGGCUGAUCUCCGAUACGAGCAGGCCUUCAACAAAUCUCUUCUUGCGCUGUCGAAUCACUUGAUCAGGCAAGGACACGCAGACAAAGUUCCCAAAUCCCCUCAGCAGAAUGUAAAUGGCCGUCUUGCUCUCUCUGCCAACCACAGCUACAGUGCACUCACUCUCGACGACGCCAUGGCAGCCCUCGACAGACUGAAGGGCGUGCCAUUUGCCCUGACAGUGUCAUUUGACGCCCCGCAUCCACCGUUCAUCACUCCCUAUCCAUUCUACGGCAUGUACCCGAGCGGCUCCAUUCCGGACCCGACCACUGUGGAAGACCCCAAGACCGCUUCUCCCUACCAUCAUCCGCAUCAUCCGCGCUCGCCGUCUGGCGACGAGGCUCAAGUGCGGCAGCAAACCUCGAACUAUUACGGCAUGAUUGCACAGAACGACAAGAUGGUGGGCGAACUGCUGAGCCGACUCGACCAGUUGAAUCUGGCAUCCCGCACACUUGUCAUCUACGUCUCGGACCACGGCGAGAUGCUCGGAGACCACCACAUGCAGUCCAAGAAUAUUUUCUAUGAGGGGUCAGUACACAUCCCGCUGAUCAUGCGACUGCCCGGCGUGAUACCUGCUGGCAAGGUCGUGAGCGAGCCUGUGUCUAACAUGGCGCUAUUCGGUACCAUCACCGAUUAUCUCGGUCUUCCUGGGCUCGCGCCCAGCACCAGCGAGAGCCUGCGCCCGCUGAUUGAGGGCACAAAGAGCAAUGGAUCGGUGAUCUUCUCUUUCUGGGAUACCGACGUUGAGCCUGCGUACAUGGCAUUGGAUGGUCGCUUCAAGCUCAUGAUUGGUCGAAAAGAGACGGGGGGUGGAGUGGACGCUCUGUAUGACUUGCAGAAUGACCCUACGGAGGUGAUCAACCUCCUGCGCAGCCCGUACGUGUCGAGGCCUCUCUCGCAGCUCCACCCACACGAGAAGGAUGAUAUCGUGCCCUUGGACAAGGCUCGCCGCCUGCAAACGGCGCUGGUUGAUUGGCUAGAGGAUACUGGGUCGCAGUACGCUUCUGCAGUCGCGAAACGGCAGAUGAACACGGGUCACAUCAACCAGGUACCCCUGCUGGUGACGCCCAUGCCAGACGUCACGUGGCGAGUUGGCCAGCCCAAUACGCUAACUAUACCUGCCGGAACAUUCCUCGACGUGGACGGCGACCACCUGACGUUUAGCGGUACCCUGGACAGGGGCAAUCUUCCGCAGUGGCUCCAAGUCCACCCCGACGACGGGAGGGUGCGCGGCACGCCUCCGAGCAAGGGAAGGUACCUUCUUCGCCUCACUGCGACCGAUCACAAAGCCGGAGGCGCAUUCGUGGAGCUUCAGCUGGAGGCUAAGUGA